AUCAUUAAUUACGAAAACAACAAACAACGAAAAUAACACACAUAUAACACAUAUAUCACAUAUAGUACAAAAUACAAAAUGACAUUAGAUGUAUUAUCAUUCCAGGACCCCCAUCCAGCUAUGCAUCAACAACAACAAUAUAUAACUUCACAACAACAAGUGAAGAGACAGCAACAUUCGCAAAGACCUAACCCAAAUAUGGUGUUAGAUGGUUACAUGUUGAGUCCCGAAUUAAGAUUCAUCAAGAAGAUUGGCGCUGGUACUUAUGGAUUGAUUUACUUGGUUGAAAAUAUCACUACUGGUAGAAGAUAUGCUGCAAAGAUGUUACUCAAGCAACCACCAUUCAAGCAAGGAGAUCCAAAGGAUUCAAGUGGUAACAAAAAAAUAAUCCAGCAACACUUUUACCAAUAUUUUUUAACCAACCCAAUGCCAGAACCAACUCCAGUCAAUUUAGAAUACAUCAGACAAGAUCAAUCACACCAAUACCAAUUCAUGACUGAGAUUCAACUUCACUUGAAAGUCCAUCAUCACCCAAAUGUUAUCACCAUCCAUCAAGUUUAUGAAUUACAAGAGUUUGCCAUUGUAAUCUUGUUAGAUUACUUUGAACAAGGUGAUUUAUUUGGAAAUAUCAUUGACAGACAAAUCUUCCAAAACCAUACCGGAGACAAACAAUUAUUAAUGAAGAACGCCAUGUUGCAAUUAAUUGAUGCCGUCGAAUACUGUCACCAACAAAGCGUUUAUCAUUGUGAUUUAAAGCCAGAAAAUAUUAUGAUUCAUUAUAAUCCAAAUUACAAAAGACCAGAUAAUUCUUGCAUAAUCGACUAUAACGAGUUACAUCUUGUACUUAUAGACUUUGGUCUCGCAAUGUCUUCAGACUUGAUUUGCUGCAACGCAUGUCGUGGGUCUUCUUUCUACAUGGCUCCAGAAAGAACCACUAACUUCAACACUCAUAGAGUUGUCAGAAACUUGGUUGAUUUAUCGCAAUAUCAUUCAAUUGAAAUCAACAAUACCACCGUCAAUGAAUCAAAUUCAAAAUAUUUACCAACUUUAGCUGGUGAUAUUUGGUCUUUGGGAGUAUUGUUUAUCAAUAUCACAUGCUCAAGAAAUCCAUGGCCAAUCGCUUCAUUCAACAACAGUCAUAAUGAUGUAUUCAAGAGUUAUAUCUUGAACAACAAUAAAGAUAUCCUUGCAUCAAUCUUGCCAAUUUCCAAACAAUUCAAUAGAUUGCUUGAUAGAAUAUUCCAAUUAAACCCUAAUGACAGAAUCUCAUUACCACAAUUAUAUCAAGAGGUUAUCAAGUGCAACUUCUUUAAAGAUACUCCAAGUCAUCAUGCAAAUACUGCCCCUACAACUACCACCAUUCAUGCUCGUCGUCACACAGUUGUUCCAGAAUCCAUUCCAAAACCAACUCACAAAGUUAACGAACAAUUAUACACACCACCUGAAACUACAAGAUACAACUCUUAUGUAAGUGACGAAGAAGAAAAUAUUGAUGAUGAUGCCUACGAAUAUCAAGAACCACAUCAAGAACCAGAGUUACAAAAUCACAAAUAUUAUUAUCAAGAACAGCAACCACCCGCUUCUCAGAUUUAUGCUCAUGUUCCUAAAUUUAAUUUGGAAACUCCUAGUAACAGUGUAGUUUACUUGGAAUAAUAAUGAUAUACUAAUAAUUUGACGAUAAUUUACGAUUUUGGGUUUGGAUUUUAAUUUUGGGUUAUAGAUUGAUAGAGACUGACUUUAAGUAAAAAGUUUUUAGCAAUAUAAAAGUUACUUU